AGUUGAAGUAAUAAUGUGGUCGAAACAAGGAAUCUUUGGAAGUUUUUUAAUUUUUGUGGUGAUGAUAUCACUGUCAUCAUCAUCACCAAUUCAAGAAGAAGAAUCUCAUCCAACACCAGACGAUUUUAAUGAAUUAGAUCCAGUUGUUUUGAAAAAUUUGACAGAUUUUUUCAGUCAAAAUUUUAAUAACUUGACAAAUGCCUAUGAAAAAGGUAAAGAAUCAACAUUUGAUGUACUUAAUAAUUUGAAAGAUAAAUUUAAUGAUGCAUAUGAAAAAGCCAAAGAAAAAGCUGGUAAUGCAUAUGAAAAAUCAAAAGAAAAAGCAACUGAUAUCUAUGAAAAAACUAAAGAAAAAGCAGCCGAUGUUUAUGAAAAAACAAAAGAAAAAACAAGUGAUGCAUAUGAUAAAAUUAAAGAAAAAGUACAUGAAGUUUAUGAUAAAAUAAAAGACAAAAAUUCAACAGAUAUUAUUGAAAGUGCAUAUGAUGAAGCAACAGCUAUUAUUGAAAGUGAAUUAGAAGCUUCAAAAAAUGAAGAAUAAUGAGGAGACUACAAACGAAUUUAAAAUAAUGUAAAAAAAAAAAACAAAAACGCUUUUAUCUUGUUUAAUAUUAAGCUCUACUAUAC